UUUUAGAUUACCCCAAAAUGGGACAACACCUAACCACCCCCCUGAGUUUAACUCUAGAUCACUGGAGAGAAGUUAAGAGCCGAGCUCACAAUCAAUCUGUGGAGAUCAAGAAGCACCAAUGGAUAACCUUUUGUUCCUCCGAGUGGCCAACGUUUAAUUUUGGCUGGCCUCGAGAUGGGAGUUUUGACUCUGAUGUUAUUUUUCAGGUUAAAGCUAAGAUCUUCUCCCCUGGACUAACGGGACAUCCGGACCAAGUGGCCUAUAUAGUCACUUGGGAAAAUCUCUCCCUUGACCCACCGCCGUGGGUGACUCCUUUUCUCAGUCCUACACGAAGAGCCCCCCUCCCUUCUGCCCCUAAUCCGGACCCUUCGACCACCUCUUUGUGUCCUGUUGUGGUAAAACAAAAGCCUGUUCUUCCCCCUGAUGAGAGUGUUCCCGCUGAUCUGCUGAGUGAGAAUCCCCCUCCCUACCCCCCUCCCCCGCAGGCCGCUGCAGCUGUUCCAGACGAAGCCCCAGCAGAAGGACGGGAGGUUGCUCCCUCCCCCAUCGCGGGGCGACUCAGAGAAAGAAGAGGACAGGGAGAUUCCUCACACGUCCUGCCCCUCCGACUCGCAGGAGGGGAAGGAAACCAGUUUCAGUAUUGGCCCUUCUCCGCUUCAGACCUGUAUAACUGGAAAACUCAUAACCCGUCCUUUUCCCAAGACCCACAGGCCCUAACGGCCCUGAUAGAAUCUAUCCUCCUUACCCACCAACCCACGUGGGACGAUUGCCAACAGCUCCUGCAAGUCCUCCUAACUACGGAGGAAAAGCAGAGAGUCAUUCUAGAAGCCCGAAAGCAUGUCCCGGGGGCAGACGGGAGACCAACCCAAUUGCCAAACGAGAUCGAGGCUGCCUUUCCCCUUACCAGACCUGCUUGGGAUUUCAACACGGCUGAAGGUAGGGAGCACGUACGUCUUUAUCGCCAGGUGCUUGUAGCGGGCCUCCAAGGGGCAGGGAGAUGCCCCACCAAUUUGGCCAAGGUAAGAUCAGUAAUGCAGGGAACCGACGAGCCGCCCACUGUGUUUCUAGAAAGACUUAAAGAGGCAUAUCGGAGGUACACUCCCUUUGAUCCAGACAGCCCCGAACAGGAAGUAAGUGUUUCCAUGUCUUUCAUAUGGCAAUCAGCUCCUGAUAUUAGGAGUAAGCUCCAGAGAAUGGAAAAUUUGCAGGGGCAAGGUCUUAGAGACCUCUUGAGGGAGGCAGAGAGAAUUUUUAACAAAAGAGAGACACCAGAAGAAAGAGAAGAAAGACAAAAAAGAGAGGCAGAAGAUAGAGAGGCAAUGAGAGAUUGAAAGCGAAAUAAGGAAUUAAGCA